AAAACAGCAGCCGCUGGCAGCGGGUGGGCAGCUAUUUUUAUAUUGUACUCUGUUCUAGUCGGAAAAUUUAAAAGCAAUUGUACACGUGUGCGUAAGCGUGUGUAAUAAUUUACAUUAACAUAUUGCAAAAACAUCGAGGUAAAGUGCAUUGUAUAAAUAUUUGAUUAAAAGUGCACUAAAAGCAAAACAUUAAAAAGAAGAACAAAAAACAACAACGACGGCCGACGUUUAGUUACUGUCAACGCGCAUAAUCGUAGCCAUCGCAAACGGACACACACACAGGCACGCCAUAAAUACAUGUGUAUGUAUGUAUGAAUGCAUGCACAUGACAAUUGCCGUGUGUACGAGAGAGUGAGGAGUACAGGGCAUAGGCACAGGGUGAAAUUUUAAUAUCUAUAUAUAUAUUUAUAAGGAAAAUAAUAACAACAACAAAAAUAUACAGCAAUGCGUGUGCGCGACAAACGCAGGCAGCAGAAGGAGCAAAAGGCUCAAAAAGCUAGUGAUAAACAAAAGUCAACAGACGCAGAAGCGAAACCAGAAACGUCUGCGACAGCAGCAACAACAACUGCAACAACACAACCACAGCAACAACAACAACAGCAAUCACAACAACCAUCCACAUUGCCAGCCACUGAGAAAGUCGCGUUUGACAAUCGGAUCAAGCGAAAAAAUGUUUUGGCCCUAAAUGAGAAGGUGGCUGCAUUGCGGGAAUACGAUCGUCAGCCCGUCUAUAAGCAUGUGGGACGUAUGUUCAACUGCAGUCCGGAUCAGAUCAAGCGGAUUGUGCAGCAGAAGGAGGAGAUUUUACGGGCAUGGGAGCAACGCACUCGGCGGAGUCAGGAUGCCAAGACACAGGAGCUGAAGGUGGUGCGAGUAUCGAUGUUGGGCAAGGCCGUUUACGAUUGGAUACGCCGCAUGAUGUACUACAAGGACUUCACCAUAUCCGAUGGACUGAUACAGAAGAUGGCAUUGCAGUUCAAGAGUUCCAUGGGACUGAACAACUUCUUUCCGCAUCAGGAAUGGUGCGACAAGUUUCGCAUCACGUACAACAUUCAACAUAACGAUACGAAGCUGCUGAAGAUUGGAUAUACCCAGAGCCAUUCGGUGCAGAUCAAUGAUAUUGCCAAGGACGUCAUGUCGGAGUGCACUCCAGCAGCAGAUGCCGCUGUGGUUGCUGCGGAUGAUGAUGAAGAGGAUAUAAGUCUGGCCACCAUCAGUGGCAGCAGUCAUGCGGAUGAGGAUGACGCCGAUGUCGACAUUGAUGGUGGCGGCGACAUGAGCGAUGAGGAUGAAAGUCAAGAUGUCAAACCCUCGAUCAGUGAACUCAACCAGGCACGCGUCCUUCAACCCUUGCCACAGUUGAUGCGACUGCCACAGGUGCCUCCAGGAACAUCCCAAAAGGUGCUUCUGGCCACACCCAUUCUUCCGCCUGGCGCCGCUGCUGGCGGUGCACAGACAAUGACAAUCAUACCACUUGCCACACUGGCGCAGAGCAUCACGCAGCGUCCGGUUCCACAGACCCAGCCAAAAGCGGGAAUGCCGCCGCCAAUGCUGGACAUCAAGCAGGAGAUCAAAACGGAGCCCAAAGAUGCUGAUGAAUUGGAGCCGACGGAGGAGCAAAAGACACAGGAGGAAACUAUAAAAGAAAAGCAAGCUGAGGAGGAGGAGGACGAGGAGGAGCCCCCUGUGCGUAUCAAGCAGGAACUGGACAGCGAUAACGAACUCCUCGACGAUGAUGAUGAUGACGAUGCUAAUGGAGGCCGUUCUAGUGUCACUUCGUUGGCCGAAAUUCUGGCUGCCAAUGUGGAUGAUGAAAAGCAAUAUAUUGAACAAAACCGCGCAUUGCGCCACAGAAAACGCAGUCGCAGUCCUGCAACAGAUCUUGCCACGCCCAUGUCCAUACUGCCGCCCAUGCCGCCACUGACCAAAGCGCCAGUCGCCCAGUCGCCGCCGGCGAAGCGACAACGACAACAUGAUGACAACAACAAUGCGGGCAGCGGCCAAUCAAUAAUCAGCUGUGCCGAGGCACGCAAGUACCUGAAGCUACUGGAGGAGUUUGCACUGUCCAAGGAGAACUAUCGCCUGAUUGGACUCAUUACGCGCGCCGAUGAAGUCAUGCGAGAGUUGGCCGAUGAAUAGAAUGAGAUACACAUACAUAUACUUAUAUAGUAUAACCAUUAUAUUUCUAGUUAGUAGCACAUCUCGAAGAUGCAAUUGGAUGCAAUCAAUCAUAGAAUAACGUGUAUAUUAUAAUUUGUACUCUUACCAAAUACAACAAACCAAAUGUAGCACCUAAAA